UUCUGCUGACUUUUCUCAGGCUUAUCCUUUAUUUACUUUCACUCUAGCUUCCCUUGUCACUGUUGAAGACUGCCCAGAACCAUCCGAUGCUGGUGGAAUUGAAAAAUGGUGAAACGUACAAUGGUCACCUAGUGAGCUGUGAUAACUGGAUGAACAUCAACCUUAGGGAAGUCAUCUGCACAUCCAGGGAUGGAGACAAAUUCUGGCGAAUGCCAGAGUGCUACAUUCGCGGCAGCACGAUUAAGUAUUUGCGUAUCCCCGAUGAAAUUAUUGACAUGGUGAAGGAGGAGGUGGUGUCAAAAGGAAGAGGUCGCGGUGGCAUGCAGCAGCAGAAGCAACAGAAAGGCCGAGGAGGUGGAGGUGCCGGGCGAGGAGUGUUCGGUGGUCGUGGCCGAGGGAUACCAAGCAGCGGAAGAGGGCAGCAGGAAAAGAAGCCAGGCAGACAGUCCGCAAAGCAAUGAGACGCUGUCUGUACCUUUGCCAGAGACAGUGUUGGGAGGCUAUCUGAUUUUGUCACCUCCAGAUUGCCAUGUAUGUAAAGGUAUUAGAUUUCUAAUUCCCGGUUAAUCAAGCUUAACAGACUCUCUGAAUCAUUGUGCACCUUCUCCGCUCCUCAGAGCCUCCUCGGCUGGUAAAGCUCGGGUCAUUACUGUCACCGUUUUAGCCAGUAAAUCCAUAAUUGGAAAGAUUUGGGUUCCCUUUUCAGUUUGAUAAAGGAGGUGACUUCAGUAGACUCUCUCCUGAGGGGAGUUAAGUUCUGUUUAAUAUUUCAGGCUAUCUGUAUUUUAAUACACCCACACGUCCCUUGUAUGUUUUAAGAACUUGUGUAAACAUUUUGAGGAGAGUUUGGUUUUGCUUUUUGUUUUAUAUUUGAACCCAGAUCUGGGAGGUUUUCGUAUCUGUUGCAGACACAAGACUUUUUAGUUCGAAACACUGAAAUUGAGGACUUGACUUUGCUUUAAGAGCUAUCUUAAAGAUUUUUUUAAGCCUUUUUUAACUAGCCCUCUGUUUCUGAUUAGGCAAUUCUCUAUCAUGCCUUGGAGCAUAGGCCAAGGGGAAAACACUCUUGGGUUGUAUGAUUUAAAAACUGAAAAUAAAAAACCAGCAACUACAGGUUUUCGAAUAACAUCACUAA